CAAGUGAACAUUUAUACGACUUUAUAAAUCAAAUAGGAUGAAUCACAUUUUACAUUUUAGAUAAACACAGUUACCAUAAGCAAUUAAGUGUGAAAACAAAAGCAAUUCGAGUGUAAUUAACAAAAUAAAGCAAUAUGGGCUUUUCCUUUUCAUCGAUAUUUCAGUAUUUAUUUCCAAAACAACAAAAGCGUAUUAUAAUGUUUGGAUUGGCUGGCGCUGGAAAAACAACAAUUUUAUAUAAAUUCAAACUUAAUCAACUUGUCCAUACAAUUCCAACAAUUGGUUUUAAUGUAGAGACAUUAGACGUUAAAAAUUUUCGGUUAACUAUUUGGGAUUUUGUUGGCAGCGAUUCUUUACGUCGGAAGUUUACACAUUAUUUACAAAAUUCAGAUGCAGUUGUUUUUGUUGUUGAUUCCACAGACUAUGAUGGAAUUCAAAAUGCAGAAAUGGCAUUGACAGAUUUGUUGUGGUCCGGUGAGCUUAAAAAUGCCCCCAUUCUCUUGCUAGCUAAUAAGCAAGAUCUUCCUUAUGCACUGUGCCCAGAGAAAGUAGCAGAGAUGGUGAAAAUAGACGAAAGAAAACAUAACUAUCAUGUGCAGGGAACCUCUGCAUAUUCUGGAAUUGGACUUUAUGAGGGAUUAGAACAUUUACAUAAUAUGUUGUCAAAGAAAAAUCCUUAAGUACUUAAGUAUUCAAAAUGUAUUUGUUUUUUGUGGGUAGUAUACUAAAAUAUUUCUUUUGAAAUAAUAAAUUAAUAAAUUAAUUGCAAAUGAA